UAUUAUUAUUAUAAGAAGAAGAAGAUUUCUUUUUUUUCUUUUUAAUGAAGCUUAACAAAUUAAAAGGCCCCUGAUGACUAUUAUUGUGAAAGCGCCUUGUAGUCCUGCCCGACCAUGACGUACAUCCGGUGGUACCAGGGUUCACUUUGCUGUUAAAACUCUUCGGAGCAGCUUCUCCUCUUCUUCUCUUCGCCGUAGAUCUCUGUGGAGAACCUUCCUCACCGACCCGUGACCUCUGCUCCUGUCGUCGAGGCGCUUCCUACAACACUUGUCUGUCCGUGUCACGUCCAGGAACUUUUGCUUUUCGUGUCAUUUUCGGGACUUUUCAGUCGCUGAAUCCGCCCCCCGACGCUCGCUAACGUUAGCUCCGCUGCUAGCCACCAUUCUCCCUCCGCGCGAAGAAUCGAUUAAUCGGAAUCUGAGCCAUGGAUCAAACCGGAGUCGCAGCAGAAACGCCAAAGGUGAGGAGCUCCGUGUGGCGGCUUGUCAUCUUCUCUUCUGCUGUGCUGUCUUUGUUUAACCAGCCGCUGUAGCUAGCUGCUAACCUUAGCUGCUAACGUUAGCCAACAUGGCCGCGCUGUGACAGUGUUCUCCUUAAAAGGCUCAAUGAGCCUCAGUGGCAGCUGCUUUGGCACCACUUCACAUGGAAAUCAGCUCCGGCGCUGAGUCACGGGCUGGAAAACACUUUAGACGAGCAGCCGGUUCGCUUAAAACGGACCCGAGCUCGCUGCUGUUUCUGUUCAGCCUCCAAACUUCAGACCCGAUCGAUGACUCUCAAUUAAAGUAGAUUUACAGCAGUUAAAAGUACGUAAAUACAAAGAAACGUCCUCAAUCCGGAGUGUCAGUGUGUGGAAGUGGUGAAGCUGACAUGUGAAGAGUCCGUGGGGCUCGGUGGCCCCGGCGGCGCCGUCCUGCUCUCUGGCUGAGGUGAUGAGCGAACAACUGGCCCGGCAGCUGGACGAAGAGGACAACGGUUUCCCGGCGCUGUCAGAACCAGCGUCCGACCCGCGGCUGACCGACGAGGCGGCCGACACCACCAGCGACCUGAUGCUGGCCCAGAUGCUGCAGAUGCAGUUCGACCGCGAGUUCGACAGCCAGCUGCGGCGGGAGGAGAAGAAGUUCAACGGAGACAGCAAAGUGUCCAUCUCCUUUGAGAACUACCGCAUGGUGCACCCCUACGAGGACAGCGACAGCUCCGAGGACGAGGUGGACUGGCAGGACACCAGACACGACCCCUACAGAGCAGAUAAGCCUCAGUCGACGCCCCGCAGAGGCUUCAUGGGGAAGGGCAAGAACAUCACCACCAAGCACGACGAGGAGACCUGCGGCCGCAAGAACACCGCCCGCAUGGACAACUUCGCUCCGGAGGUCCACGUGGGCGACGGUCUGGGGAUGGACCUGAAGCUGUCCAACCAGGUGUUCAACUCCCUGAAGCAGCACUGCUACAGCGAGCAGCGCCGCAGCGCCCGGCUGCACGAGAAGAAGGAGCACUCCACCGCCGAACAAGCCGUGGACCCGCGCACCCGCCUGCUCAUGUACAAGAUGGUGAACGCCGGCGUGCUGGAAAACAUCAACGGCUGCAUCAGCACCGGGAAGGAGUCGGUGGUGUUCCACGCCGACGGAGGGAGCCUGGAGGAGCAGCCGGUUCCGGCCGAGGUGGUUCUGAAGGUGUUCAAGACGACGCUGAACGAGUUCAAGAACCGCGACCGCUACAUCAAGGACGACUACCGCUUCAAGGACCGCUUCAGCAAGCUGAACCCGCGCAAGAUCAUCCGGCUCUGGGCCGAGAAGGAGAUGCACAACCUGGCCAGGAUGAAGAAGGCCCAGAUUCCCUGUCCGGACGUGGUUCUGCUGAAGAAGCACAUCCUGGUUCUGUCGUUCAUCGGUAAGGACCACGUUCCUGCCCCCAAGCUCAAGGACGCCAUGCUGGGCUCCGAGGACAUGAAGGACGCCUACUACCAGGUCCUCCACGUGAUGCAGACGCUGUUCCAGGAGUGUAACCUGGUCCACGCCGACCUCAGCGAGUACAACCUGCUGUGGCACGAAGGGAAGGUGUGGCUGAUCGACGUGAGCCAGUCCAUCGAGCCGACCCAUCCUCACGGCCUCGAGUUCCUUUUCAGGGACUGCAGGAACGUCGCCACGUUCUUCCAGAAGCGAGGCGUGACCGAGGCCAUGAGCGUCUACGACCUUUUCAACGCCGUGUCCGGCCUGAACAUCCCCGUCGGCGCCGAGGACGAGGCCGAGUUCAUGGCCGAGAUCGUGGCGCUGGAGAAGAGGAACGAGGACCACGUGCAGCGGCGAGGCAAGAAGACGUUUCCGGUGGCGACGGAGGACGGCGGCCCUCCUCCGUUAAAACCCGACGCCGACGACUAACGCACGCCCGCCCGGCUCGCUGUCUCUUCACAAUCCGUUUGAAAACGCUGUAAAAGGAGGCGCCCAGCGGAGGGCGCCGCCUCCGGGACCUUCAGCCCCCCGACCACCCAACACUCCUGCAGCCGGCCGGACGCAGCGCCACCUCCUGGCCGCGGGGGGACGCCCUGAGAUCAUCUUCCUGCCGCUGACGGUGUUUUAAUUCUAAUCGUAGCGCAUCAAACUCACUAUUCUGGACCAGCUGAGCUUUGUUCUCCAACACCUGCUGCCGAGUUCUUAAAGGAGGCAGCGCAACAGGUUUAUUAAAGGAUCACCGGGUUAACGUCGGCCAUGAUGGUGGUGGUUCUUAAACCGUUUUUAUCCUCAUUUUAUUAUUCUGCCGACAAACCAAAGCUGCAGCUAGAAAUCGUAACGAUCACAAACCGUCGGGUCUUAAAGGAGAUUAAAAAGGAGACGGAACGAAGGUCCUUGUGCAUCAUGUCAUUAAAUGUAGUUAAACAUAGAAGCUGGAGAUCAUACGUGUGCUUCUUAGUACCAGGAGUCUCAGAUUAUUGUGUGUUUUUGUCGGGGCUGAAACAAAUGUUGGUUUUAUGGCGCUUAUUCUGAUUCAUGACAAUAAAAGAUGACGAUGGAAACUC